AUGGAACGUUAUUUGCCUGCGAAUGCGUGUUGUGUUGCUUCGGUUUUCGCCCCAAUCACUUUUCCUCCUGCCUCAGUCUUGGUGUUCCGCGAGGGAAAAGCAGGCAAAGAGGAGCUGGUUGCCACGGGCUCGUUGCUGGAUAUUAAUCCUGACAGGAUAGUGUUGAAACGAAUUGUGCUGUCAGGUCACCCAUUCAAGAUCAACAAACGUUCUGUGGUUUGCCGCUACAUGUUUUUUAAUAGAGAGGAUAUCGAGUGGUUCAAACCAGUGGAAUUGUAUACGCCUAGUGGCCGCCGUGGGCACAUAAAAGAGGCCUUAGGUACUCACGGUCACAUGAAAUGCCGAUUUGAUCAGCAACUGAACGCUGCUGAUUCUGUUAUGAUGUCCUUAUAUAAAAGAGUGUUCCCCAAGUGGACGUAUAAUCCGAGGGUGGGACGAUUUGGAAGUAAAGCUGCUGUGUCACAAGAAAGCGAAGCCAUGGACGAUUGA